GGCUACACCCAACAACUACUCCAGAUCCUCUCAAGCAUGCUGCAAAAUGGCUGUCCUCCCUGACUGAAGAUUCCCGAGAACUGGCAACCCUUGGGCAGUUUUAUUAUAACUGAGGAUUGUUCUAGACCCUGAGCAGCAGCAAUCAUGAGUCUGGGAAUCAUGGAAGAGGAAGACCUGGCGGAAUACUUCCGCUUGCAGUAUGGGGAACGGCUGCUCGAAUUACUAAUGAAGUUCCCAUCAACAGAGGAGCAGUCACCAUCUCCAUCCAUCAGGCUCCUAGAGAAAAAAAAGGAGGCAAAAGUGAUGCAUCAAGCCAUGGAGGAAAAAAAGGAGACAUUUAAAAGGAGAAUGGAGGCCCUGAAUCUACGCUGGGAAGAACUUGGAGUCAAGGAGGCACAACUAAAGGCUCAUAUAAAGAAGUUUGAACAAUUUAUACAGGAAAAUGACCAGAAAAGAAUUCGAGCUCUGAAGAAAGCCAGCAAAGAGAGAGAAUUGAAGAGAAUGAGGGUGAAAGACCUGGCAAGGGCUAAGCACGAGAUGGCUGCCCUGAGACAGGAACAUCAGAGAGUCAAUGCCAAAUUGCAGGAUUACUCUAUAUUCCAAAAGUACUUGGAGAAGGUGGUGGAGAACUCGGAGUUUGAGGAGAUCCAUGAGGUUAUUGGACGUUACAAGACAUUGGUGAGCAUGCACCAUGACCUGAUGCAGUCAGCCCAAGAGGGGCAGGAGAAAAUUGACAAAGCCAAAGCCCGGCUUACCCGCUACGUGGAAGAAAAGGAUGAUGAGGUUCUACAGCACAACAAUGAGCUCGCCAGGUUGCAGAUGCGCUAUGACCGUGCCCGUAGUGAUGUCAUCAUUUGGGAAUCUCGAUGGGCACAUAUCCAGAACACAGCUGCCCAAAAAACUCUCCUUUUGGGCACCAUCAAAAUGGCAACCUUAAACCUCUUUCAAAUUGUGAGCAAGCAGCUGAAGGAGACCACCACAGAAGUGCCUGUGGAUGAUACCCACAAACAACUAGACAUGAUCCAGGAGUUCAUCCAAGACCUAUCAGAUAUCUGGGCAGAAGUUAAGAAGAAGGACCCAACACUAACCCAAACAACCUUCCCAUAUAAGUAACAGAAAAGGAAGCAACAAUUCCCAGCUGUUCUGGGUUAGUACACUAAAGUGCUUUCAGCAUUUCAAUGGUCACUCAUCCCCCACCGUUUUACUGAAUAAUAACCAUCCCUUCCUCAGACUCCACUAAAUGUGAUUCCAAGAGACAUUAAAUUCUAAAAAGACA